GCCGGACGCCGUGUCCCCGCGUCUCUAACCUGGACGACCCCCCGCGGCCGGGCCAGGUCCAUGCCAAGGGCUCCCAGCUCAGCGUGGACAUGGCUGAGAGCGCCUCCCCGCCCUCAUCUGCAGCAGCCCCGGCUGCCGAGCCGGGAGUCACCACGGAGCAGCCCGGGCCCCAGAGCCCCCCAUCCUCCCCACCAGGCCUGGAGGAGCCCCUGGAUGGAGCUGAUCCUCAUGUCCCACACCCAGACCUGGCGCCCGUUGCCUUCUUCUGCCUGCGACAGACCACCAGCCCCCGGAACUGGUGUAUCAAGAUGGUGUGCAACCCGUGGUUUGAAUGUGUCAGCAUGCUGGUGAUCCUGCUGAACUGCGUGACACUUGGCAUGUACCAGCCGUGCGACGACAUGGACUGCCUGUCUGACCGCUGCAAGAUCCUGCAGGUCUUUGAUGACUUCAUCUUUAUCUUCUUUGCCAUGGAGAUGGUGCUCAAGAUGGUGGCCCUGGGGAUUUUUGGCAAGAAGUGCUACCUCGGGGACACAUGGAACCGCCUGGAUUUCUUCAUCGUCAUGGCAGGGAUGGUUGAGUACUCCCUGGACCUUCAGAACAUCAACCUGUCGGCCAUCCGCACUGUACGCGUCCUGAGGCCCCUCAAAGCCAUCAACCGCGUGCCCAGUAUGCGGAUCCUGGUGAACCUGCUCCUGGACACGCUGCCCAUGCUGGGGAAUGUCCUGCUGCUCUGCUUCUUUGUCUUCUUCAUCUUUGGCAUCAUAGGCGUGCAGCUCUGGGCCGGCCUCCUGCGUAACCGCUGCUUCCUGGAGGAGAAUUUCACCAUACAAGGGGAUGUGGCCUUGCCCCCAUACUACCAGCCAGAGGAGGACGAUGAGAUGCCCUUCAUCUGCUCCCUGUCGGGGGACAAUGGGAUCAUGGGCUGCCAUGAGAUCCCCCCGCUCAAGGAGCAGGGCCGUGAGUGCUGCCUGUCCAAGGACGACGUCUAUGACUUUGGGGCGGGGCGCCAGGACCUCAACGCCAGCGGCCUCUGUGUCAACUGGAACCGUUACUACAAUGUGUGCCGCACGGGCAGCGCCAACCCCCACAAGGGUGCCAUCAACUUUGACAACAUCGGUUACGCUUGGAUUGUCAUCUUCCAGGUGAUCACUCUGGAAGGCUGGGUGGAGAUCAUGUACUAUGUGAUGGAUGCUCACUCCUUCUACAACUUCAUCUACUUCAUCCUGCUUAUCAUAGUGGGCUCCUUCUUCAUGAUCAACCUGUGCCUCGUUGUCAUAGCGACCCAGUUCUCGGAGACCAAGCAACGGGAGCACCGGCUGAUGCUGGAACAGCGGCAGCGCUACUUGUCCUCCAGUACGGUGGCCAGCUACGCCGAACCUGGCGACUGCUACGAGGAGAUCUUCCAGUAUGUCUGCCACAUCCUGCGCAAGGCCAAGCGCCGCGCCCUGGGCCUCUACCAGGCCCUGCAGAGCCGGCGCCAGGCUCUGGGCCCGGAGGCCCCGGUGCCCGCCAAACCUGGGCCCCAUGCCAAGGAGCCCCGGCACUACAAGCUGUGCCCGCGACAUAGCCCCCUGGACGCGACGCCCCACACCCUGGUGCAGCCCAUCCCCGCCACGCUGGCCUCUGACCCCGCCAGCUGCCCUUGCUGCCAACAUGAGGCCGGCCGGCGGCCCUCAGGCCUGGGCAGCACCGACUCGGGCCAGGAGGGCUCGGGCUCCGGGAGCUCUGCUGGUGGCGAGGACGAGGCAGAUGGGGACGGGACCCGGAGCAGCGAGGACGGAGCCUCCUCGGAACUGGGGAAGGAGGAGGAGGAGGAGGAGCAGGCGGAUGGGGCGGUCUGGCUGUGCGGGGACGUGUGGCGGGAGACGCGAGCCAAGCUGCGCGGCAUCGUGGACAGCAAGUACUUCAACCGGGGCAUCAUGAUGGCCAUCCUGGUCAACACCGUCAGCAUGGGCAUCGAGCACCACGAGCAGCCAGAGGAGCUGACCAACAUCCUGGAGAUCUGCAACGUGGUCUUCACCAGCAUGUUUGCCCUGGAGAUGAUCCUGAAGCUGGCUGCCUUUGGGCUCUUCGACUACCUGCGUAACCCCUACAACAUCUUCGAUAGCAUCAUUGUCAUCAUCAGCAUCUGGGAGAUAGUGGGGCAGGCGGAUGGUGGGCUGUCGGUACUGCGGACCUUCCGGCUGCUGCGCGUGCUGAAGCUGGUGCGCUUCAUGCCUGCCCUGCGGCGCCAGCUCGUGGUGCUCAUGAAGACCAUGGAUAACGUGGCCACCUUCUGCAUGCUGCUCAUGCUUUUCAUCUUCAUCUUCAGCAUCCUUGGGAUGCACAUUUUUGGCUGCAAGUUCAGCCUCCGCACGGACACUGGAGACACGGUCCCUGACAGGAAGAACUUCGACUCCCUGCUGUGGGCCAUCGUCACCGUGUUCCAGAUCCUCACCCAGGAGGACUGGAACGUCGUGCUCUACAACGGCAUGGCCUCCACCUCCCCCUGGGCCUCCCUCUACUUUGUCGCCCUCAUGACCUUCGGCAACUAUGUGCUCUUCAACCUGCUGGUGGCCAUCCUGGUGGAGGGCUUCCAGGCGGAGGGUGACGCCAAUCGCUCCUACUCGGACGACGACCAGAGCUCAUCCAACAUGGAGGAAUUUGACAAGCUCCAGGAAGGCCUGGACAGCAGCGGAGAUCCCAAGCUCUUUCCAAUCCCCAUGACCCCCAAUGGGCACCUGGACCCCAGUCUCCCGCUGGGUGGGCACCUAGGUCCUGCUGGGGCUGCGGGACCUGCCCCCCGACUCUCACUGCAGCCGGACCCUAUGCUGGUGGCCCUGGGCUCCCGAAAGAGCAGCGUCAUGUCUCUGGGGAGGAUGAGCUAUGAUCAGCGCUCCCUGUCCAGCUCCCGGAGCUCCUACUACGGGCCGUGGGGCCGCAGCGGGGCCUGGGCCAGCCGCCGCUCCAGCUGGAAUAGCCUCAAGCACAAGCCGCCGUCGGCCGAGCAUGAGUCCCUGCUCUCCGCGGAGCGCGGCGGCGGCGCCCGGGUCUGCGAGGUUGCCGGAGACGAGGGACUGCCACGGCCCGCACCCCUGCACGCCCCUCACGCCCCGCACGCCCCGCACGCCCCGCACGCCCACCACGCUCAUCACGGGCCCCAUCUGGCACACCGCCACCGCCACCACCGCCGGACACUGUCCCUCGACACCAGAGACUCGGUGGACCUGGCCGAGCUGGUGCCCACCGUGGGCGCCCACCCCCGGGCCGCUUGGAGGGCGGCGGGCCCGGCCCCCGGGCAUGAGGACUGCAAUGGCAGGAUGCCCAGCAUCGCCAAGGACGUCUUCACCAAGAUGGGUGACCGCCGGGAUCGCGGGGAGGAUGAGGAGGAGAUCGACUACACCCUGUGCUUCCGCGUCCGCAAGAUGAUCGACGUCUAUAAGCCCGACUGGUGCGAGGUCCGCGAAGACUGGUCUGUCUACCUCUUCUCUCCCGAGAACAGGUUCCGGGUCCUGUGUCAGACCAUUAUUGCCCACAAGCUCUUCGACUACGUUGUCCUGGCCUUCAUCUUUCUCAACUGCAUCACCAUCGCCUUGGAGCGGCCUCAGAUCGAGGCUGGCAGCACUGAACGCAUCUUUCUCACCGUGUCCAACUACAUCUUUACGGCCAUCUUCGUGGGCGAGAUGACACUGAAGGUGGUCUCGCUGGGCCUGUACUUCGGCGAGCAGGCGUACCUGCGCAGCAGCUGGAACGUGCUGGACGGCUUUCUUGUCUUCGUGUCCAUCAUCGACAUCGUGGUGUCCCUGGCCUCGGCCGGGGGAGCCAAAAUCCUGGGGGUCCUCCGAGUCUUGCGGCUCCUGCGCACCCUACGUCCCCUGCGUGUCAUCAGCCGGGCGCCGGGCCUGAAGCUGGUGGUGGAGACACUCAUCUCCUCCCUCAAGCCCAUCGGCAACAUCGUGCUCAUCUGCUGUGCCUUCUUCAUCAUCUUUGGCAUCCUAGGAGUUCAGCUCUUCAAGGGCAAGUUCUACCACUGUCUGGGCGUGGACACACGCAACAUCACCAACCGCUCGGACUGCAUGGCCGCCAACUACCGCUGGGUCCAUCACAAAUACAACUUCGACAACCUGGGCCAGGCUCUGAUGUCCCUCUUUGUCCUGGCAUCCAAGGAUGGUUGGGUGAACAUCAUGUACAAUGGACUGGAUGCUGUCGCUGUGGACCAGCAGCCUGUGACCAACCACAACCCCUGGAUGCUGCUGUACUUCAUCUCCUUCCUGCUCAUCGUCAGCUUCUUCGUGCUCAACAUGUUUGUGGGUGUCGUGGUGGAGAACUUCCACAAGUGCCGGCAGCACCAGGAGGCUGAAGAGGCACGGCGGCGGGAGGAGAAGCGGCUGCGGCGCCUGGAGAAGAAGCGCCGGAAGGCCCAGCGGCUGCCCUACUAUGCCACCUAUUGUCACACCCGACUACUCAUCCACUCUAUGUGCACCAGCCACUACCUGGACAUCUUCAUCACCUUCAUCAUCUGCCUCAACGUGGUCACCAUGUCCCUGGAGCACUACAAUCAGCCCACGUCCCUGGAGACAGCCCUCAAGUACUGCAAUUAUAUGUUCACCACUGUGUUUGUGCUGGAGGCUGUGCUGAAGCUGGUGGCAUUUGGUCUGAGGCGCUUCUUCAAGGACCGAUGGAACCAGCUGGACCUGGCCAUUGUGCUACUGUCAGUCAUGGGCAUCACACUGGAGGAGAUAGAGAUUAAUGCGGCCCUGCCCAUCAACCCCACCAUCAUCCGCAUCAUGAGGGUUCUGCGCAUCGCCCGAGUGCUGAAGCUGUUGAAGAUGGCCACAGGGAUGCGGGCCCUGCUGGACACGGUGGUGCAAGCUUUGCCCCAGGUGGGCAACCUGGGCCUCCUCUUCAUGCUGCUCUUCUUCAUCUAUGCUGCCCUUGGGGUAGAGCUCUUCGGGAAGCUGGUCUGCAACGAUGAGAACCCAUGCGAGGGCAUGAGCCGGCAUGCCACCUUCGAGAACUUCGGCAUGGCCUUCCUCACGCUCUUCCAGGUCUCCACGGGUGACAACUGGAACGGGAUCAUGAAGGACACGCUGCGGGACUGCACCCAUGAUGAGCGCAGCUGCCUGAGCAGCCUGCAGUUUGUGUCGCCACUGUACUUCGUGAGCUUCGUGCUCACCGCGCAGUUCGUGCUCAUCAACGUGGUGGUGGCUGUGCUCAUGAAGCACCUGGAUGACAGCAAUAAGGAGGCGCAGGAGGACGCCGAGAUGGAUGCCGAGCUCGAGCUGGAGAUGGCCCACAGCCUGGGCCCCGGCCCGAGGCUGCCUGCCGGCUCCCCGGGCGCCCCUGGCCGAGGGCCGGGAGGGGCGGGCGGCGGGGGCGACGCCGACGGCGGCUUGUGCCGGCGCUGCUACUCGCCUGCCCAGGAGAACCUGUGGCUGGACAGCGUCUCUUUAAUCAUCAAGGACUCCUUGGAGGGGGAGCUGACCAUCAUCGACAACCUCUCGGGCUCCAUCUUCCACCACUACUCCUCGCCCGCCGGCUGCAAGAAAUGUCACCACGACAAGCAAGAGGUGCAGCUGGCUGAGACGGAGGCCUUCUCCCUGAACUCAGACAGGUCCUCGUCCAUCCUGCUGGGCGACGACCUGAGCCUUGAGGACCCCACAGCCUGCCCACCUGGCCCCAAAGACAGCAAGGGUGAGCUGGACCCACCUGAGCCCAUGUGUGUGAGAGACCUGGACGAAUGCUUCUUCCCCUUGUCCUCUACGGCCGUCUCACCGGGUCCAGAGAACUUCCUGUGUGAGAUGGAGGAGAUCCCAUUCAACCCUGUCCAGUCCUGGCUGAAACAUGACAGCAGUCAAGCACCCCCAAGUCCCUUCUCCCCGGAUGCCUCCAGCCCUCUCCUGCCCAUGCCAGCCGAGUUCUUCCACCCUGCAGUGUCUGCCAGCCAGAAAGGCCCAGAAAAGGGCACCGGCACUGGGACCCUCCCGAAGAUUGCGCUGCAGGGCUCCUGGGCAUCUCUGCGGUCACCAAGGGUCAACUGCACCCUCCUCCGGCAGGCCACCGGGAGCGACACGUCGCUGGACGCCAGCCCCAGCAGCUCCGCGGGCAGCCUGCAGACCACGCUGGAGGACAGCCUGACCCUGAGCGACAGCCCCCGGCGAGCCCUGGGGCCGCCCGCGCCUGCUCCGGGACCCCGGGCCGGCCUGUCCCCCGCCGCGCACCGCCGCCUGAGCCUGCGGGGCCGGGGCCUGUUCAGCCUGCGGGGGCUGCGGGCGCAUCAGCGCAGCCACAGCAGCGGGGGCUCCACCAGCCCGGGCUGCACCUACCACGACUCCAUGGACCCCUCGGACGAGGAGGGCCGCGGCGGCGCGGGCGGCGGGGGCGCGGGCAGCGAGCACUCGGAGACCCUCAGCAGCCUCUCGCUCACUUCCCUCUUCUGCCCGCCGCCCCCGCCGCCGCUCCCUGGCCUCACGCCCGCCAGGAAGUUCAGCAGCACCAGCAGCCUGGCCGCCCCCGGCCGCCCCCACGCCGCCGCCCCGGCCCACGGCCUGGCCCGGAGCCCCUCGUGGGCCGCGGACCGCAGCAAGGACCCCCUGGGCCGGGCACCGCUGCCCAUGGGCCUGGGCCCCUUGGCGUCCCCGCCGCAACCGCUCCCCGGAGAGCUGGAGCCGGGAGACGCCGCCAGCAAGAGGAAGAGAUGAGGGUCGCAGGGGCCCCCGGCCGCCCACCGCCCGCCCCGUCUCACUUUUUUUACCUCAGGAGCCAGGAGCAGACAGCAAUACUUCGUCCACACCUGGGAUCGCGCAGGGCCCGCCGGGCACAGGCGCCCGUCAGCCAGGCUGAGCGGAGUCUGGGUUAGCCAGGCCUGCGUGGCCCAUGGUGGCCCUUCCAGUGCAUAUAUAUACAUAUAUAUAUGCGUAUAUACACACACACACACACAUAGACAUAUAUAUAUAUAUUUAUUUUUUUUACUGAGAGCUUAUGACUUCCAGAAAGUGCUAAAGGUGGGAGGUGGGCCAGGGCCUGGACGGGGCUUUUGUCUGACGCUCUGGAAUUCAGGCCAGACCCACCCCAGGGCACAUGUCCUGCCGGGGCGUCGCAGCUGUGUUUUUUGAGGUCUCCUCCCGGGUUGAGAGUAGCUUGGAGAGGACCCUCAGGCCUCUGAGGGCACCAGGCCCGGGAGAAGAGGUGCAAUUCAGGGUGUGUUUUCUUUUUCUUUUUUUUCUUUUAAAGAAGAAACGCUGCUAAGAUCCCCCGUGGCUCCACGCGUCGGGGUGUCUGUCCUGUCAUCCUGACCGUCUCGUUGUUGUGAAGUCUUUUGUAGACACCCCAGAGCACACACAUACCCUUAGUACACGGGUUAGAUGUCUCUUUAGAAAAAUCAGGGGUGAGUAGCUGUGUUUCCUUAGGACCGUGGUGUGGGGUGGAGGGCAGCUCGGAGGCUGGGCUGGGGCUCUGGCCCCAGGGGAGGUCCCAGCUCCUGAGUACUUCUGAGGGGGGGGUUCCACCCCAGGAGGGCGGGGUUGGGUGGAGCAGGAGUGGAGGCCGCUUGGAGACGCCAGGGUACCUGCCUGGUCUGGGCUGGCUCUGGCUGCCCUGCAGGUGCCCCUGGGCUCAGGCAGUUAGUUGUUCAGUCACUUAUGCCUUUUAUCCCCAAUAUGGGCCCUGAGCUGUGGCUGUCCCUGGACGCUGUGCUGUCCCUGUCCUGAGCAACUAUGCCCCCGCCCCGGUGGGUUCAAGGCAAAGCAGCUCUGACCGAAUUCUAGGCAGGGGUGGGGGCACCUGCCUGGGCCCUGGGUCCAGCCGCAUCCCCACGCCCAGCCUUUUGCGUCACCUGGAGGCCACAUUCCCUGACCCCACCUCCCCGCCCCGUCUCUCCUCCCUGCCCCUGUCUCUCCUCCCUGCCCCUGUCUCUCCUCCCUGCCCCUGUCUCUCCUCCCUGCCCCUGUCUCUCCUCCCUGCCCCUGUCUCUCCUCCCCUCUGCCCCUAACUGCAGGUCAGCUUUCACUAUAGUAGUGCUUCCCAAACGGGUUAUAGAUGGGGGUGUUUGAUUUGAAGAGUUACGCAUUUAUUUCACUAUUUAUUAGAAAAAAAAUACAUUGAACCCGUGAUUUCACAGAGAUUUUGCUUAGGUCA